AAUAGAGACAUUUCAAUAGAAAGAAUGCUAACAGUUUUUAGUCAUCAAGGAGCUGCAGAUUACAACCACAUGCACAUUCAUUAGAGUGAGAAAGUUGAUAAGGUUCUGGUGCAACUGGAUCUCUUGUAUUAUUAUUGGUGAAUGUAAAAGACUACAGCCAUUUUGCAAAAAUGACUAUUUGGUUUCUUAAAAUUUUAACAACAAACCAAAGCAACUCUACAACUAACUUCAGCAAUAACAAUCUUAGAUAUUUAUUAGAGAAAUAUGAUAUAUUUAUAAAGAUUUAUACAUGCAUGUACAUACCAGCUUUAUUUAUAAUAACCACACAUUCUAAAUAACCCAAAUGACCAUUAACAUGAGAAUUGAUGAUUUAUAAUAUAUCCAUAUAACAGAAUACAUCUCCACAAUUAAAAGGAAAAUACUACUGAUACAUGUAACACCAUGAAUAAAUUUCAGACUAUUGGUCAAAAGAAGCAAGAUACAAAAGAGUGUGUAUUUUGUGAUUCCAUUUAGAUGCAGCUCUAGAAAAGACAAGUCUAGUUUAUAAUGACAAAAUAGAUUAGUGUUUCUUUGGGCUUUGGAUUAUUUCAGGCAAUUUACUCAAAAUGGCACAAGGGUACCAUUUGAGCUGAUGGAAAUAUUCUGUCUUGAUUGUGUUCUUGAUUAAAUGAAAGUAUGCAUUUGUCAAAAUUUAUUGAACUUUAUCCUUAAAAUGGAUACGUGGUAUUGUAUGAAAAUUAUAUCUCUUUAAAGUUGACUCUAAAUCAGAGGGUAUGUUUGUCAGAUUGUACAAUAGAGGGAAUUUGUGAAAUGGAAUAUAUAUAGAGUAGAAGAAAUUAACCAUAAUACAGUUAUGAAAAGAGAGAGGUAAAAUACAGAAGAGAGCAACAUAAAGUAUAUAAUGAGGAUGACUUAGACACUUUUAUUCAGUCUUAUGAAGGGUGUUGUCAGCAACAGAUGCUCACUAAAGGAAUUACUUUAUGCAGAAGAAAAGUAGUCCAAGAAGCAUGCUUUGAGUUAUAAUCAGUAACGAAGAGCAAAGACAAGGGUAAAUAUGUCUCUAAACAUAAAAGAACAUAAUGCUCGGGAAAAUACACAGAGCGAUAGCAUAUAUGGGGAGGAGGUCUGAGUCUUGCAAUGAUGGGUAAUGAUUUGAUUAACUUUAGAUUUAUAUCCUGAUUUCAGGGUUAACUUGAGAAAAGCAUCGAAAUAAAGGAAACAAUUUUCAAGCUGAGAAGAACAAAUGGAAUGAAGAAUAUUCAGUCAAUUCCAGAAUUUGCAAGAAAGGAGAGAAACAGAAACAUAGCACCUUGAUACAAAUAGAAAAAAAGUUUUGAGAGUAUUUUAGAAGGGCUUUAUGGACCACGGCUACGAAGAGACCUCAGUUUAUUUGAAGACUGUGAACCAGAAGAGCUGACUGACUGGUCUAUGGAUGAAAAAUGUUCAUUUUGUAAUCUACAGAGAGAAGCAGUCAGUGAUUGUAUACCAUCUCUUGAUUCUUCACAGUCAACACCAACAGAGGAAUUAUCAUCUCAGGGCCAGUCCAACACUGAAAAGAUUGAAUGCCAAGCAGAAAAUUACCUAAAUGCACUCUUUCGAAAGAAAGAUCUUCCUCAGAACUGUGAUCCUAACAUUCCCUUAGUUGCUCAGGAAUUAAUGAAAAAGAUGAUACGUCAGUUUGCAAUUGAGUAUAUUUCAAAAAGCGGUAAAAUUCAAGAAAAUAGAAAUGGUUCAAUUGGACCAAGUCUAAUAUGUAAAAGUAUCCAAAUGAAUCAAGCAGAAAACUCCCUUCAGGAAGAGCAGGAAGGCCCCUUAGACCUCACUGUGAAUCGAAUGCAAGAACAAAACACUCAGCAAGGGGAUGGAGUGUUAGAUCUCUCUACAAAGAAAACCAGCAUAAAAUCUGAAGAGUCAUCCAUAUGUGAUCCUUCUUCUGAAAAUUCAAUGGCUGGUUCAACUGUUGAUGCAAAAUCAGAGGAAGCUACUAAAAUGGAAAAAGGAAAAUCAGCAUUAAGCAAAGUUUUGGAAUCUUUGUGCAUACAUCACCAGCAACAAGUUUUGGCCAUGUUGAAAUUUCUAGUCCAAGAGCAAAAUGCUGCUUCUCUUUGCUAUUGUAAUACAUCAUAUACUGUGUCUUCAGAAUCUCAAAAGCCCCUAAUUGAAGAUGAUUUACAUGGUCUAUUCUGUAGUUGUGAAUAUAGGCUGGCAGAAAGAGGGUAUUUACAAAAUGAAAGACAAAGCCCUGGUGUUGUGCCUCUGCCAGUCUGUAUUAAAGAUUUACAUUGUUUAUCUUGCCAAACUAUAACUAUUGAACACAUUAUGACAGUAGUGAAUAGAGGAAUUGCAAACAGUUAUAAUUCUCACAGGUGCUGUUCUGGACUAUUACCAAACAUUCACUCUACAAAAUCAACCUUUCACACUCCUCUUUCAUCAAGGGACAUAUGUGAUGUUUCAGUCAGUCUUAAGGAUGUUUGUAGAUCUCGAAGUCCAUCACCCCCACCAUUAUCACCUGUACAGACGGAAGGAUUUGAAAAAUUAAAAGAUGUUGUCUCAGAGCUCUCAGCCUUAGAAAAUAACAGACUUGAAAUAAACAUUAACCAGCCUCCCUCUCUCACACCAGCAGAAAUAAACAGUGACAAGACUGAUCAUGAAGGUAAAAUACAUAAAACUAAAAAAUUCAGCAACUCGGAUUCUUUGCUCCUGGAAGGCAGUGGUAAUUGUACUACAAAUCAGGAAAAAGGUGAAACUACUGUAAUUUUUCAAGAUUUAAUGGAUCGUAUUAAUGAAAAAUUAAAAUCAAUAGAAACUACAGAUAUGGGAAACCUUGUAAAAUUAUCUAGCAGUGAUUGUAAUACAGAUAAUGAUUUAAAAUUAAGAGAUUUAAUAGCUUCUCUCUUGCAUAAUGCCAAGGCCAGUGAUUACAGUUUUAUGGAAUUGCUGAGUCAACAUGAUAAAAAGGUAGAGAAUAAAAUUAUUCAGACAAGAUUUCGAAAGCGUCAAGAAACUUUACUUUCAGUGCACAACUCUCCUGAUUCACCCACGUUUAGAAGGCAGUCUUUGCAAAUAAAAAGAGAACUUGCCAGUCUUGAUGAAAAUUUUGUAAGAAAAAGAUAUACUGAAAAAAAUUCAAGGAAGUUGACACGCAACGAUGAGAUAUUUUCAAUGGACAGAGAGGAAUUCUGUCAUUGCCAAGGGUCUUUACAAAAUUCUAAAAGCUUGCAAGAAAAUAAUCAUGCAGAAACAUUUUCACCAGAUUGUGCAUUGCAGUCAUUGCAACUACCUCUUCAUAGUUUAGAAACUAACUUAGCUUUUGAUGCAUUUUCAGAAAGCUUUAAGACAACUUCCCCUGGGAAAAUGAGCAUAACAAAAUUACAGGAGAAAUCUGCAGCUGGGAAAAGACUUUUGCAAAAUCACAGGAAGAAUCCAAAACUGGAGAAUACCAAAACUCCUUUGAAAAGUGAUGUUCCUGGACUUUUGAGCAGAACUAAACGACAUAUUGUGCCCCCAGGAUGGUAUUCUAUAUAUGUAACAAAUAAUUAUGUUUUCAAAAAAUCCCCUAAGGCCAAAAAAAUUUCUGAUUCUGCAAAAAAAAAAGAUCCAGUGAAAAAUACUCAAAUUGAAAGCUCACACAAUAUAGAUCUAAACAAAAUUGCAAUGAAUUCCAAUUUACAAGUUGUUGUGGAACGUUUGGAAGAUACAAUAAAUAUGGCCAAAAAGUCUUGGAAUAAUCACUCAUUAUCUGAAGGAUGUAAGACAUCCAAGAAAUUGAUAGAAAUUGAUGGUAAAGAUCAAGAUGCAGGAAGAAACAUGACUCUAACUGUAAGCAGAAUGACAUGCAAAGAGCAGAGUUUAUCAAAAUCUGUGGUAGCAGCCAGCAAUAUCAAAAGCAAUCAUACACCUACAAUAGAUUUGAAUAGCAAAAGACUUGAUAAUCCAGAAAAUUCAUCUAUUUUAGAUACGAGUAGCUUGAUUUCCGGUGUUCAAAAUGUGCCAGCAAAAUACGAGGCCAUUGAAAGCUCUUUUUCCAGCUAUUCUAGUCCUAUCAAACUCAUGUUUUUAUCUGAGGUUAAAAGCAAUGAAGGAGUCAAAUAUACUUUAACUUCAGUCGGUACUUCCAAGUCAAAUGCUGAUCUUCCUUCUGAAAAAUAUCCAAGUCAUGAUGCAAUUGAAAAACAACCAGAAACAAAUGAGGAUAUCCCAGAUCCUAACUUUGAAAAUUAUAGUUCUAAUCGUAAUGGUAGUGACACUCUUCAGGGAGAACUAAACAAAUUUAAUUGUGCAAAAGAAACUACAGAAUCCCCUGCAAUGUUUAUAGAUGAUGUGAACAGUGAUAAGCCACAAGACAAACCUAAGGAAAAUCCAAGCAAUGAUACGGAUUCAUCUUUUAAACGAAAACCAGGUAGACCUAAAAAGAUAGGUCCCCAGGUUGUGAAACAAAUUAAGCGGCCAAUUGGAAGACCACCAAAACCUAAAACCGAUCAAACAGACAUCACCAUUUGCCAAAAUGAAUCGUCUAGUACUGGAAAGAAAAGUCCAGAAUCCCUCCUAUCAGAAGUGAAAGAAGGUAUCUAUAAAAAGAGUAUUACCGUAACUGUUAUUUAUGGAAGAUCAAGAAGAACUAAAAGGCAUGUUUCUGAAGGAACUGUAAACAUAAGCAAUGUUAUAUCUUUCAGCAAUAAUGCUGAUUUUCCAACUGAAUGUAAUAGUCUCAGAAAUAUUAGAGAAUACAAAAUUGACUCAGGUGAAAGAAGUGCUAUUUCAACUUUGACUACUGAAAGUGAGAUCUUGGGGUCUGGCUUUGAAUAUAUUAGGCCCAUCAAGAACAAGUCUGUGAUACCUCAACCUUCCAAGAACAUUAUCCGACCAAAUCAGAAGCCUUUUGCAGUAAUUAGGAAGCCUGGUAGACCUGCAAAAGUGAAAAUCUCUGGCAUAUCUGUGACUAUUAAUAGAGUUUCACCUCAGGAGAGAGAAGUAAGUAUUAGCAGCUGUUUGCCUCCUUUAGAACAAGAAAAUAUAUUAGAGAAAAAUCUGGCUGAAGAAAAAAAGUAUGAUCACCAAUGCAAUAAGAUGGACACAAGGCACACUGAAGCUGACAUAUUUAAGAAUGGAUCAAAAAGUAUGGUUGCUGCUAUACCUUUGAGACAUUCUAUUAGGGAUAGAAAGCCAUCUCUCCAUCUCGUACAUCCAUUAGCAUCUUCCAGCUCACUUAUUUAUAGAAAUACUCUGCUCCGUAAAUCAUAUAAACUCCAUUUGCAGAAAGGUAAAAGUGAGAAGGAAAAACAUAGGCAGUCAAGGAUAAAAAUAGCUUCAAAAGGUACCCCUGGACUUAGAAAUUCAAAGAAUGCAAAAAUGUGUUUGGAAGAUAACAAAUUAAUACCCAUUUCUGAAGUAUCCUUGGACCCUAUAAUUUCAUCAAACCCUUUGCUCAGGUGGUGGGCUGCUUCUACUUCAAAUGAUUCCUUAUUAGAGGAAUUAAACAAUAGAUUUGAGCAAAUAACAAAUGCUUGGGUGCAAGUGAGUGGAGAUGAAGCUGAAAACUGUGUUCAUAAAAAAAGAGAACGCAUUGAAAGUGAUAAUUUCAAAAUAGCAAACCCUUUGGAAACCUGUCUUUUAGAACUUGAAGUUUCACCUGUAAAAAUGCUUUUUCGGAAAAAGUAUGAUUUGAAUGAACUCUGUAUCUGGUUUAUGCAAACAACAGAAACACAGUCUCUUUCACUAGUUAGAAAAGCAAAUGCUCGAAACCCUUUGGAAGUAAUAAAUACCAGAGGAAUUAAAUUAGGGACCAAAUAUUCUCAUUUUAAUACUAGCCCCUUCAGAAAGCACUUUAAAAAAUUUGCACUGUCUUCUCCUUCAAAAUCAGCAGGGAAGUUGCAUAUACUACAUAAAAUAGUUAGCUCUCCACUGUUAAAUGUGAGAAGUAAUUUAACAUUAGCUAGAUUAAAAAGAACUGAGUUUAAGAGGUUGCAGCACGAAAGGUGGAAAAGAGAGGGAAAGCCGCACAACCAUGGAACAGUUGAUUGGAUCUCUAAAAGAAGGAACUUAAGAUUUUUUUGCCAGAAUCAAUUUUUAAAAAAGACUGAGGGGGGAACAAAUGCUGACAUCCCACUCCAAGGAAAAAACACAAUAGAUAAUCAGUUUAUUUUGCCACCUGAGAUCAGAGAUGACUCUUUGCAACAGAAGGUGGCAAUGUCUGACUUGAAAACACAUGCUAAUUUAGAGAAUAAUUUUAAGACAGAAGCAAAGGAGAAUGGAACAAAUUGCAGCCAAAAAGGUUUUGAAAAGGGAUCAAGACUAGGAAAUGUAUGUCCACAUAACUGGAGGUCAAAAACCUUAAAAGAUUGUAGAAUAUUUUUGAGGAAGAUCAACUAUUUUGAACACAGAAAUACUUUUAAACUAAAUACAAUCAUUUACUCUCCUGAAUCUAUUGGCAGUGGAACUAAUCAUCAGACUCACAUAGAAGAAUCAAAGCGCUUUACCUUAAGAUCCCAUUCUGCUAGGCAAAAUUCUUUUAAAAAGCAAUCUAAAGAAAUAGAAAAUGCUAAAACAAAUAGUCCUUCAACCGAUAAAUUUCCUGGCCAACUUGACAAUAGUAGAUUAAAUAAAUGUGUUAACUAUGACAAGAAUCCUGAUAGUUCUGACGUUCUUAGCAAAUUGAACAAAAGAAAAAGACCGCCAUGGAAGACCACAGAAAUGUCAACAAAAAGACAUAAACGACAGUCUUGCAACAGUGGACAAAUGGCAAACUAUUAUUCAAAAUCCCAACUAGCCUCCAGACCUGCUUUGUCUAUCUGAGCAUGCUACAAAUGAAAACUGAUGAGAAACUGAAUUUGUCCGAUGGGAAUACAGCAAGUUGCCCUUUGAGCCCCAUUAAGAUGUGCCUUAAUCGUCCCAUUGAAUGGAAUCUGAAUU